GUCAUUUUAGACAGCUACCCUCACUGCCUUAUUAAAAACAAUAGCAAUAUUCUCGAAUAAAAUCGUACAUCUCUCGAAAAUAGAAUUAAGUAAAAAUGAAUCUGUUAGACCUGCCGCAGACGAUUAUUCAGGAUAUUUUGGAAAUGCUGCCCUACGACGAAGUAGCGAAAAAACGUGAGGUGUGCGGUCUUUUCAACUACCUCGGCCAGCAAAUUUUAAAUAAGGGAUUCAAUAAGAUAAUUUUGGCCCAUGCUAAGAACUUUAAGCGCAUCAAAUCCAUGCUGCCACGACGAGAAUCGGAACGCAGGAACCACAUUCUAUCCCGACACUCGGACAUACUCACUUCCAUUGAGACACGGAUAUCGAUGCUGACCAUGACGUAUUCCAAGUUCAUUGACCUUAACAUCUGCUGCUUCAUACCAGGGCGAGUUCUAGACGAAAUUAACAGCAUCCUGCGCAUUUUAAGUACUUCCACCAAACAACUGCGACCGCACGAGGUAUUGCAGGAGUUGCGUGACAUCUCGUCCAUGGCCAUUGAACAUUUUGAUGAGAAGAUUGCAGUGAAUUUCAAAAUGGAACACCGGAAACAAUUGGCUGAAUCAACCGCGGCCGGAACUCGUUUGGUGGUUUGCAGUGCCCUUGGUGACAUAAGCUUUAGCGGUGUUAGGAGAACUGGGAUCAGUCGACCUGUGGAUCACGGCCUUGUACAACAAACCAUCGUUCAGUUGGCCCCAAUCUCAACCAGUAAAUCAUCACAGCCAGAAUUUUCCCAAAGAGAUCGCGUCUCCAAGCACCUGCUCAGGCAGUAUCAUCUGCACAGGUCACUAGCACAAAAGGUUCGCAGCCUGGAGUUGUCGCGAAAGGUGCAGGAUCGUCGCUUGCAAGAAGCUCUCUCCAGCAUCACAGAACUGACAACCCAGGUGUCCGAACUAAAACGUCAAAUGGAAGAUGUCGUAGCCAAUAUGCCCAGUUGUGCCGUUAAACGACAGGCGGUGGCAAGUGCGGACUGCUUACCACCGGCUCUGAAAAAACCGAAGGUCUAGUAAAGGAUUAGGAUAACUAAAUAGCUUAUAAAAACAACUCCCCUCCAUAAAAUUGUAGCUAUUAGUUGGAGAACGUAGCAUAAACUAAACAGUGCAUCUUCGAUACAUCGCGUUAAGAUUUAUUGUUGCACUUGUUACUUAAAUAUUGUAUUACUACUAUAUAAAUACAUUGAACAUCUA